AUGGUCCACGAACUAUCUUCAAGAGUCCACCGAGCCACGAGCUCCGCCCUCAACCUUGAUCGAGUGCUAGAAGAAGUCCAUCGCUCACCGUUUACAUUACGGAUCUCCCGUGUUCAAGUUCGUUACGUAAACAAGUUCAAGUUCACCCCGUACAACGGAUUAGAUGAUCCGAAACCGUUUUUAACUUCAAUGAGUUUUGCAAUCAGCCGAGCUCAUUUCAGCGACGAAGAGUACGAAGCUGGCUGCUGCCAGCUAUUCGUCGAGAAUCUAGCCCACGAAGCUCUAGGGUGGUUCUCCCGGCUCCCGCCGAACUCGAUAGGGAGCUAUAACGAGCUGACCACUGCCUUUCUCCAACAUCACUCUACGUUUAUGAUUCGAGGUGCCUCGAACGCUGAUCUCUGGAACCUGUUCCAGCAGAACGACGAAUCUCUACGAGACUUCAUGGAGAGGUUUAAAAGAAUCGUCUCGAACCUCUCGAUUGCUGACGACACAGCAAUAUCAGCUCUCCGAAAUGCUCUCGCAUAUGGGUCUCGAUUUAGGGACGAUAUUAUCAUAUACGAGCCUCUGACUCUCAACGAUGCAUUGCACCGGGCUAACAAGUACAUCGAGGUAGAAAAAGAGAAAGACGUAAGGUCAAACCAUCCAUCAAGAUAA